GCGCUUCCGUGGCGCCGCUUGGCGGGUUUGGUUCGGAGCUGUCGGGGGUUUUAAUGAAACAUCACUGAACAUCUCGGUCUGAGUUAUGAACGAGCAGAAGAAGCGCACGGUCACGCUGUAGGAUCCGAAUCUGCCUGGGCUGCGGGAUUCAUGUAACUGCUGGCCCUCCGCGCACCUGGUGCUAACGGUGUGGAGAACACAGCUGAGGAACCUGAGGAACCAUGCUUACGUACUGCAUGAGAAAACGGCUCUUUCUCCUCAGCCGAGAGCCGCUAAAAGCCGCAGUGUCGCCCCAGCAGAGGAGGUGCGAGUCCGGAGGCUCUGUGCUGGACCUCCAGCACUUCGUCAGCUCUGGCGGAACAGGUAGAAGGUCCACUUACGGUCCUCUGGGGACGGAGCUGAAGAGGAACGUCCUGCAGCAGUGGUGGACAGCAGUGGUCAGCUUACAACCUCAGGUGUUUGGAAUCAGCACACCCUGCAGCUCCACAGAGCGGCGCACGCUGAAGACUGAAGACGGAGAAGCUUUAGGGGAGCAGCUAAAACUGUUUCAGCAUGACCAGAGUUUGAGGACUAGUCUCCUCCAAGGUGCCUUGGAGCAGUUCGUCCCCUCUCUUGAGCUCCUCAAUAAGAAGCUGCCGUUUGGACUGGCCGAAAUAGGCUUGUGCUACCAGCCUGAACCUGAGCGCGCAGGUACAAGUGGUUGUUUCUCCGAGGUGACCAAGGCCUCCCUGGUGUGGUUCUGCUCCUUUCGGACCUCCUCCCAGUGGCUGGACUACUGGGCACGGCAAAGACUGCAGUGGUGGAGAAAGUUCGCUUUAGGUCCAUCUGACUUCAGCGUCUGUGACGUAUUGAGUGAGGAGCUGGAGGAGGGGGCGUCCCGUGGAGUGAAGGUUCUCUAUCAGUUCCCCUCAGGCUCUGAAACCCUGGAGACUCUGUGGAGUUUUGGAGACACAAAGCUGCUCAAAACCCACCACGGCAGCCGAGCCAAACUACAGUGCAGGGAAGGGAGGACGUCAGUUGUGCCUCACGUUCUCUCUGUCAGCGCGAAUAUGGACAAAGGAGUGCUGGCCUUCCUGUAUAAUUCCUUACAGCCCGUCCAAAAAGUGGACAGCAAGCAGAGACUCCAUCAGAGAAAAGUGCUAAAACUCCAUCCAACUUUAGCCCCUGUUAAAGUAGCCCUGGACAUGGGCAGGGGAUCCACCUCUGAACUACGGCAGGUUUGUGAGGGCUUGCUUCAGGAAUUUCUGGAAGCAGGAAUCUAUUCAUGGCCUGGAUAUUUGGACAGCACAUAUUCCUCCAUGCAGAGUCUACAUGCCAAAUACGACGAGAUGGGCGUGCUGUUUACAGUUUUGAUUACUGACAUUACGCUGGAGAAUGGACUCCUAAUGGUCCGGAACCGCAACACCACCGUCAAAGAGACUAUGCACAUCUCUGAGAUCAAGCAGUUUCUCCUCAAAUACAUCUCUGCUGCAGAAAACAUCUAAACUGCCGAGUUAAAAUGAUUAGAAUGAUCCAGCUUCAUUAGUUUUGGACUGGAGGCUAAAAUAUGUGGACGAAGUUCAGACUUCAUGACGGCACAGACUGUAUAUGGAGUAUAGAAUGUCACAUUUGGCCAGUUUCCCAGACCCAGAUCCCUGAGCCUAGACUAAAACAAAUGUCCAGUGCUGAUUGACUCUUGGCAUUGAAAUUUAGUCCAAGGCUAGGCUUAAAACCUUGUCUGGGAAACUGGCCCUCAUUACUAUGUCUGUAUGACUUUACUUCACAACUGGACUCCGGUAGUAUGAGGUGAGUGUGUGAUGAUUUAGGGCUGCAGUUUGCACAAUGCUAACUGGUGACUGUUAGCUUCUAUUACUUGUUAGCUUCAUUAGCGUCAAUGCUAAAACCAAAGAAGGAAGCUUCAGAUACAAACAUGUCUUGCCUGCCUGACUACAUUUGGGGAGAGGCGGUAAUUUGCAUAAAUUAGAUUUUUUUUUUUUCCCAAACUACCACUUUAACAGCAGAUUGUACUUCAUAUAUUGAUGAUUACAGUCUGAGGGGUAAUCUGUUCAGUUCUGUUCACCGGUUCUGAUUAGUUUUAUGUGCAGCCUCUUAUUAUCAGUGUUCUCUACUUGCGUCUGUGUUAUUUGGUCUGCCUUUGUCAUACAUAAUGCAUGAUUAGAAUUUUUUUUUUUCAGCUUUUUCAAAACCUUUGCUCAACUGACAUUUCUGUUUGGUGCAAAACAUACUGAGAGCAAGUUAUGCACAGUUUUUAUCAGCCAAUAAAGACAACAAUGUAUUUAUUUA